UGUCAACCGUUGGCAGCUUUAUCGAUGUUGUGAUCCCCUUCGGGUUCCAUACCAGUCAAUUCGCCCUCAUUGACAGCCAAAAAAAUGAUGACACCGAGUGAUCCCUUGACCGAGGACUUCGGGAUAACCACCGGGGAUGAAACCCCAGGAAUUCCCGAGGUGGGUACCAUCUCACCAGGAACAAUCAGACCUGAAUCUCGUGAACCUGAUUUUCUAUCGAAUUACAGUACUUCAGUCGAAGGCUCAGUGGUGGCAUCGCCCUCGAUCGACAGUUUCUCCACCCUUCCAGAGCACGACUGCUCCGAUUUCCAGCCUGACAAUCGAGAUCUCCAGGUGAAGAUCGACAAUCCCCAGAAGCACCUGGAGACCCUGGAGACGUACAUAACAUUUCGAAUAACAACGCGAACAACGAGGCCAGAGUUCGAGGAAUCUGAUUACGUGGUGCGAAGACGUUACAACGACUUCAUCUGGCUCCGACAGAAGCUGGUGGGCAGUUAUCCCUCUCACAUAAUCCCCCCGAUGCCAGGAAAGCACUCACUCCUGGCGCAGCUCGAUCGUUACUCCAAGGAAUUCAUCAUCGCCCGGAUGAAGCUGCUCCACGUGUUCCUGAAUCGAAUUGUCAACCACCCGAUCCUCAGCUGCGAUAAGGAGCUCAAGGGCUUUCUCACGGCUAAACCCGCAGAGUUCUCCAUCAUCAGAAAGAAUCGGGGGAAUGCCGUGGGGAAGAUGACCGAUUCCCUCCCGAAUAUCGCGAGUACUUAUUCCAUAAAGCAGAAAAAUUUGGAGUUCGAGAAGACCAGGGAUUACUGCAAUGCCCUCUCCGAGAAAUUAUCUCAUAUCGAUAAAAUUAAUCAUCGAAUCCACAAGGAGAGGCAGGAGUACGUCGUGGAGCUCCACCAGAUGCACCCGAUAUUCACCCAGUGGUCAAUCUCUGAGCCAAAAUUAUCGUCUCUUCUUCUGACGAUUGCCGGGGCUGUCGAGGCGAAUGCAAAUGCUCAUCACAAGUUCCUGGAGAAUAUCUCAGCUGGGGAGAGAGAGUACAUCGCAUAUGUCGAGUCCGUUAAAGACGCUCUCAACAGGCGGGAUAAUAUCCAGCUGGAGUACGAACUCACACUCGAUGAAUUGGCAAAGAGGCGAUACGAGAAGGAUCAGCUGCUGGAUCCCACGAAUGGCGCCCCCAGGUCCCAGGGAUGGGGUGGGACCCUCUGGAAAGGGGAGUCCAGGGAUGAGAAGCUGGAGAGACUCGGACAGGCUGUCCCCAGGUUGGCAAAACGCUCAGAAAUUCUUCAGGAUCGUCUCGAAUGCACCAACGAAAAUCUCAGGAGUGACGUGGAGCGUUGGAAUGUCGAAAAACAAUCUGAGAUCAAGAGCAUGAUGAUCUCUAUGGCUGACAGGCAGAUUCAACUCUACGAGGACUGCAUGAAGAGCUGGGAAAAUAUUCUAGUCAAUCUCAAGUUUGAUGGUACGAGCCCUGAUAUCAAGCAGGAGAAAAUCAAGAUCUUGUCGUAAAUAUGUGGAAUUAUUUUCGUGUACGUUCGCACUUGGGCAAUUUUUAUUCGUGAGUGGAAUUCUUUCGGUAGGAAUUCUUCAGACGAGAGAAUCACUUAAUGGGACCAAAUGUCUGAUGGAUUGCAGCUCACUAUUCAAUUAUUCAAUCACUGACAAUCACUUAUUGUUUAUAUUCCCAGAGCUGGGGAGAUGGAAUAAUAAAUAAUUUUUUUGUUCUCUCAAUAUUCUCACAAAUACUUUUUCCUGUUAUCGUGUUGAGAAAAAUAAUCUGUAAUUUUUAUUUAUCUUAGUAGAUAAUAGAUAAAUCGGGCAUUUUUUUUAAUUCGAUUGAUUAGAGUAAGGCCCCAGCUCUGAAUAAUUUUACUUACAUUGUUAAAUAUUUAUGUACAAUUUUGCCAAAUCGUAGAAUUGGUGUUGUUGGAAUUGAGGAAAUAAAAUAUCAGUGAAGACGAAA